AUGAAUUUUUUUUGGGGAUCUUCUUCGAAAUCAAAAUCAAAGGAUAAAUUAUCUGAGACACGAUCGAAUCCAAAUUCUUCCAAAUCAGGACAUAUUAAUAAGUUAAAUAAUGAGCCUUCUGGACCCUUUAUACAUCAAUUUCCUUAUUCUAUAGAAAGACAAUUUGGUGAAUCAUUCACGUUCAGAUCUGCAAACUUAUUGGAGCUAUACGAAACUGAUUGUCUGGGCCUGGGCCCUCCAGAUCUUUUACAUGUUACAGCUACGGAUACUUUUCGAGAUGAUUUGGAGAUUGGACAGUUUCUUCAUAUAAAUGGUAUCAUCCUUACUGAUGAAAAAAUGGCAAUCCAAGUAAUGUCUUUAUUUAACGAUUCUAUUAGCGAUCCAGAUGUCGUUAAAGAUAAAAAAAAUAAUGGUAAUAAUUCAAAAUUACAAAAGGAUACCAAUAUUGCCACUUAUUGUGCAUUUAAUUUAUUUGCCAAAGUAGAUAUCAGAAUUAGAUAUGAUUAUUCACAUGAUAAGCACCAAAUAUCCUUAUUUGAUUGUGUUUCGAAUAAUAUUAUUUCUCUAGAUACAUUUGCUAAUUCUAUUGAACUUUCACAAUUAGAUAAGAAUGACAAUAACGAUAUUAAUCCAGAAGAAUUAAUUAGAAGGUUAUGGGAGGAAACGUAUGUUUCUGCAUGCAUUAGAACAUUAUUAACCAAUACAGAUAAUAUAAGAAAAUUCCCUACAAUGGUUCAAUUACCAUUCACAAUUAAUGCUAAUCCAUUUCCACAAACUUCGUACGAAAAAAUUAUUGUUAUUUUAUGCCACUAUAUACCACGAUGUCUCGAGACUGGUUGGGAUACUACUAGAAAUGUUUAUCCCACAAUAAUUCAUAAUCAUUUAACAAAUGCUAUAUUGACAUUAUUAUCAUUUGUUCCUUCCUUAAUACCAUUAUCUCUCGAGACACUGAAGGAACUAUCGAUAAAAGACCCUAAUAAUGAAUUAUAUUACCGUAUUGUAUCAAUUGCUAUAUUGUAUCAAGAUAAUUCCAAUGACAUUUUAAUGAUCCAAGAGAUAAAUAAAACUUUAGAACCUUUAUUACCCAUGCUAGAUAAGACAAAUUCAAAAGACUUAAAUUCUUCAUUACAAUUAAUUAAUUGUACAACAGAUUUAUUAUUUUUACAAAUCAGCUUUCUAAUUUCUAAUAAUGAUUAUGAAUCAGCUUUUCCAUUGGCUAAAUUUUCUACUCAAUUAGCAUCUGAUUCAUUUUCCUCCUGGUUUUUUUUAACCAAAUGUUAUAUUCAUUUUAAACAAUUUGAAAAUGCAUUAUUAUCAAUAAAUUCUAUGCCACACUUAUUAAAUAUUGAUAGAGUUAAAUUAGCGUUAGCAUAUGAUUCAUUAAAUUUUGAUUAUUAUAAAAGGCCAUUAUGUACUAAAAAAACUACUUCGAUGGAUUUAACAUCUUAUGAACUAAAUCAUAUUGAAUCUACUACAUCCUUAAAAUUAGUUAAAGAAAAAAAUUUACCAAAAUAUAUAUUUGGUAGAACAAUUUUACCAGAUCAAAUCGAUAAAAAAGGCUAUAUGGAAAAAGUUUGGAAUAUCGAUGCAUUAGAAAUAGGCCCAGUUUAUGGUUCACAAUCAACAAAUUUAAUAAAUUUUGUAUCACCAAACGAAGUCAAAUCAGUGAUGGAUUAUAAUUUGUUAGCAAGAAAUACUGUUGCUAAACAAGUUGGAUGGUUCCAUAAAUUGGUUUGUAGUAUAUUGGUAGAAUUAAAAGAUGAAAUAGGUUGGAAUGAAUUAUUAGAAUUAAGAUCAAAAGUGUUUGUAAUGGAAAAGGAAUAUGCUGCUGGUACUACAGAAUCAACUUUGAAUGUACAGGAGGCGAAUGGGAACUCAACAAUAUCUUUAACUAAUAAAUUCAGGACUAAGCGAUUAUGUGAACGUUGGCUAGACGACCUAUUCUUAGAUUUAUAUGAAGAUUUGUGCAUAUCUACAUCUAUUCAAGAAGACAAAGCAACUGCAAAAUAUAGUGGAUUAGAAUGGGAAUUACUGGGGUUGACGCUCUUAAGAACAUGCAAUUAUUCUGAUGCCAUUGCCUGUUUAAGGACUAGUAUGUUGGCUAGGCUUGACCCGAUCUCUUGUGAACAACUAUUGAAAAUCUAUUUAGUAGAACCCAUCAAUGAAAAUAUGUUGUAUUAUGGACUCAAUAAUAUGAAAAUAGAUUCUGAUGUUAUAAUAAAUCUUGUAUUACAAAAUAUUUCUUAUCAAUACCGGUUCUACGAUAGCUUACAAAUCAUCAACCGUCGUGUAUUAUUUAAAUUAGCCAACGAAUUAGGGUUGGAUGCUUUAAGAAGCAGGAUAAUCGCUACACCAUCAGUAACUGAUGGAUUAAUUGUACUAAUUGAGGAGUUAUUAAGCUGGGUUCAAAUAAUGGUUGAUAGCUAA